GGUAAAGAUCCCGUGGAGGCUCUGGCCUGCUGAGAUGUGAAGAAUUCACCAGGGUUUCUCUACAGAAUUAGUGCUAAAAAGGCAUCAAGUGGAAAAACUUCCCACUACUCCCUGAAAGUAAAGGCCUCAUCUACCAGUAGUUCAGACUUUAUUUCUCCUGUCACAUGCAUAUUCCCUAAGCCACUGGGUGGCUAGAACUGCACUUGAACCAAGGAGCUAAAAGAGAAAAUCCCGGGCAAGCUUGGGGAAAAUAGGUCACAGUGGCUGGGUGGUGAGGUCACAGAGAGGUUUGUCUACCCCAGGCUCCAUGCGGGAGGGGCCUAGGAGGCAGAGGGGCCCCAGAGGUCCCCCAAGCCCAGGCAGGGGACAUGGUGUGGGAAAGGCAGCAGGGACGGGGGAGGGAGCAGAGUACGAGGGGCCAAGGGGCCCGGAGAGAUGAGGGCAGGAGCAGGGAGGGGGCAGUCAGGAUGGUGAGGAGAAGCCGGAGACGGAAGCUGCAAAAGUUCACCGGGCUGUGCGGACGGGAGGGGCUCAGGGUGAAGUGGAGCUGCCCUUCGUGUGGCCCAGAGCCUGGGGGUGAAGAGAAGAAGGGGAGAGGAAACCCUAUUUCUGUUCAGUUGUUUCCCCCAGAGCUGGUGGAGCACAUCGUCUCCUUCCUCCCAGUCAGAGAUGUGGUCGCUCUCAGCCAGACCUGCCACUACUUCCAUGAAGUGUGCGACGCUGAGGGCGUGUGGAGACGCAUCUGUCGCCGGCUCAGUCCUCGUCUUCGAGAGCAGGGUUCCGGGGUCCGGCCCUGGAAGAGAGCUGCCAUUCUGAACUACACGAAGGGCCUGUAUUUCCAGGCAUUCGGAGGCCGCCGCCGCUGUCUCAGCAAGAGUGUAGCCCCCCUGCUGGCCCAUGGCUACCGCCGCUUCUUGCCCACCAAGGACCACAUCUUCAUUCUUGACUACGCGGGGACCCUCUUCUUCCUCAAAAAUGCCCUGGUCUCCUCCACCCUAGGCCAGAUCCAGUGGAAGCGGGCCUGCCGCUAUGUUGUGCUGUGUCGCGGAGCCAAGGAUUUUGCCUCGGACCCAAGAUGUGACACCGUUUACCGUAAAUACCUCUACGUGUUGGCCACUCGGGAGCAGCCAGGAGUGGUGGGCUCGACCGGCAGCCGGACCUGCGACUGUGUCGAGGUCUACCUGCAGUCCAGUGGGCAGCGGGUCUUCAAGAUGACCUUCCACCACUCCAUGAGCUUCAAACAGAUUGUGCUGGUUGGUCAGGAGACCCAGCGGGCUCUGCUGCUCCUCACAGAGGAAGGAAAGAUCUACUCUUUGGUAGUGAAUGAAACACAGCUGGACCAGCCACGCUCCUACACAGUCCAGCUGGCCCUGAGGAAGGUGUCCCGCUGCCUCCCGCACCUGCGCGUGGCCUGCAUGGCUUCCAACCAGAGCAGUACUCUCUACAUCACAGACCAGGGGGGAGUGUAUUUUGAGGUGCAUACCCCAGGGGUGUAUCGUGAUCUCUUUGGGACCCUUCAAGCCUUUGACCCCCUGGACCAGCAGAUGCCGCUGGCGCUCUCACUGCCUGCCAAGAUCCUAUUCUGUGCUCUUGGUUACAAUCACCUUGGCCUGGUGGAUGAAUUUGGCCGAAUCUUUAUGCAGGGAAAUAACAGAUAUGGGCAGCUGGGCACAGGGGACAAAAUGGACCGAGGGGAACCCACACAGGUACAUUAUCUGCAACGCCCCAUUGCCCUGUGGUGUGGCCUCAACCAUUCCCUGGUGCUGAGCCAGGGCUCAGACUUCAGCAAGGAGCUGUUGGGCUGUGGCUGUGGGGCCGGAGGCCGCCUCCCUGGCUGGCCUAAGGGGAGUGCCUCCUUCGUCAAGCUCCACGUCAAGGUCCCUCUGUGUGCCUGCUCCCUCUGCUCUACCAGAGAGUGCCUCUACAUGCUGUCCAGCCAUGACAUUGGGCACCAGCCUGCCUACCGGGACCUACCAGCCAGCAGGGUGCUGGGGACCGCCGAGCCCAGCCUGGGGGCCGGAGCACCCCAGGACCCUGGGGGUGCGGCCCGGGCCUGUGAGGAGUACCUCAGCCAGAUCCACAGUUGCCCCACGUUGCAGGACCGCAUGGAGAAGAUGAAGGAGAUCGUGGGCUGGAUGCCCUUGAUGGCUGCACAGAAGGAUUUCUUCUGGGAGGCCCUGGACAUGCUGCAGAGGGCUGCCGGAGGGGUUGGCCAAGGCCCCCCGACCCCUGAGAGCUGACCACCUGCCUCCUAGUCUCACCCCUGGAGGGAGAGUCCGGCCCUGGGCCAGGGGCGAAGGAGAGGUGGAGCGGGGGACAGUGUG